UCUGGACUUUUGCCUCCUUCUAGUCUUCUGUCACAGCUUCAGAAGUCAAAAACCCCCAAAUUUCAAGAAUCUAAAAAGACCCAGUAGUUGAUUCACAUUUUGUUUGGACAAGGCAAGAGAUACCAAUGGAAAUUAAAGAAAAGAAUGACCCAAUCUGCAAAGAUAUCCCAAGUCUCCUUUCUUCUUUUGUAGACACAUUCGUUGAUUUCUCUGUAAGUGAUGGCAUUUUUCUGCCAUCUGUAGAUCUCCAGAAUGAGCAAACUAAUGGAGAGUAUAAUGAUAUACGAACAUGGUAUCCCACGCCCAACCGUCUGGUUGCAAUUGGGGAUCUGCACGGGGAUUUGGAAAAGUCGAAACAAGCUUUCAGAUUGGCGGGUUUGAUUGAUGGGUCUGAUAGAUGGUCAGGUGGGUCUGCUACGGUGGUUCAGAUAGGUGAUGUGCUUGAUAGAGGUGGGGAGGAGUUAAAGAUUCUUUAUUUCUUAGAGAAAUUGAAGAGGGAAGCUGUGAAAAGUGGAGGCAAUUUGAUUACUAUGAAUGGUAAUCAUGAGAUUAUGAACGUAGAAAGUGAUUUUAGGUAUGUUACAAAGGUAGGAUUGGAGGAGUUUAGUAAUUGGGCUUAUUGGUAUUCUCUAGGUAAUAAAAUGAAGAGCUUAUGUGUCGGUCUUGAAAACCCUAAGGAUAUCUUCGAUGGGAUUCCUUUGACUUUUCGAGGUGUUAAACAAGAGUAUGUUCAUGGUAUCAGAGCUAGAAUAGCAGCAUUGAGACCUGAUGGUCCUAUUGCUAAUAAAUUUUUGUCCAAGAAUGUCACUGUGUUGGUUAUUGGGGAUUCUGUGUUUGUUCAUGGUGGCUUGUUAGCAAAACAUGUGGAGUAUGGGUUGGAGAGAAUGAAUCAGGAGGUUAGGGAUUGGAUUACUGGGUUAGCUCAAAAAUCUGCUCCAGGUUAUUGUAGAGGGAGGGAAGCUGUGGUGUGGUUGAGGAAGUUUUCGGAUGAGGUGGCCAAGAAUUGUGAUUGUUCUGCCCUUGAGCAUGUUCUUGCUACAAUUCCUGGAGUGAAGAGGAUGAUUAUGGGGCACACUAUUCAGGAAGCUGGGAUUAACGCUGUUUGUGACAAUAGGGCUAUAAGGAUUGAUGUGGGUAUGUCAAAAGGGUGCAUUAAUGGAUUGCCUGAAGUGUUGGAGAUCAAUGGGAAGUCAGAAUUACGUGUAUUGACUUCUAAUCCCUGGUAUGAGAGUAAGCAGAAGUCUUUUUUGGAUUCUGAAAGGAAGGAAGGCCUUGGGUUGCUGAUACCAGAAAAUGGACCAAAACAAGUGGAAGUGAAGGCUUAAGAGGAUAUAAACUCAUUGCUUAUGGUAGAUAGUUGAUAGAAGGAAUUUGCACCAGUGAAAAACUCUCUCAAAAAUGCGAGUAUUUGACUGUUUCAAUAUAGAUUCUAUUGUUAGUGAAUUAAAGCUUCAGAGAAUUCUUCUGUUGCUGAUUAAUAUCUCAGUCCCUUUACCAUCAUUUUGACUACAUGCGUUAUAAAUUGCCAUUCUGCUUAGCUGUGUGGAUAUAUUCUGUUGAAAUACAAGGCAUUUUCUUAUA